GCAGUGCCCUGCCCGGGACAGGCUGGCUCCGCGGCGCCUGACAGGGCUGUCGCCGAGGGGCCCGCGGGCCCUGCGCCCCGGCAGGCGCCUCUACCUUCUUCGCUUGUCGGCAGCCCGCGGGUGUGGAGCGGUGAGGCCGGGGCUGUCCGUCGCGGCGCGGUCUCAGCGCUGCGGGGCCCCGUCCGCACAGGCAGCUUGUAGGACAGCUCAGGCGGGCCUUGUUGGCGGCAGGAUCCCGGCGUGACCUCGGCGUGCGCUGUCGGGAGCGGCGGGCGGGCGGAUUUAUGUGCCGGGAGUGGGGCCGAGCCGGGCGGCAGCGGCGGCUGGCGGGGCCGGCGCGGGCAUCAUGGGUGUGAUAGGUGUACAGUUGGUGGUUACCAUGGUAAUGGCUAGUGUCAUACAGAAGAUCAUACCUCACUAUUCUCUUGCUCGUUGGCUUCUCUGUAGUGGCAGUUUACGGUGGUAUCAACAUCCCUCUGAAGAAGAACUGCGGAUUCUUGCAGGGAAGCAAAGAGGGAAGAGUAAAAAAGAUAGAAAAUACAAUGGUCACAUUGAAAACAAACCCUUAACCAUUCCAAAAGAUAUUGAUCUUCAUCUGGAAACAAAAUCUGUAACAGAAAGGGACACUAUUGCAUUGCAUUACUUUCCGGAAUAUCAGUGGUUGGUGGAUUUCACUGUUGCAGCUACAGUUGUGUAUGUGGUGACAGAAGCCUAUUACAGCAUUAUGAAGCCCUCUCAAGAAAUGAAUAUCAGCAUCGUGUGGUGUCUGCUUGUUUUGGCUUUUGCGGUUAAGGUACUGUUUUCAUUGACUACCCAUUAUUUCAAAGUUGAAGAUGGAGGUGAAAGAUCAGUCUGUGUCACCUUUGGUUUUUUCUUCUUUGUGAAAGCAAUGGCAAUACUCAUUGUGACUGAAAACUAUCUAGAGUUUGGAUUGGAAUCAGGAUUCUCGAAUUUCUCAGAAAGUGCUAUGCAGUUUCUUGAAAAACAAGGUUUGGAAUCCCAGGGUCCUGUGUCUAAACUAACCUUCAAAUUGUUCCUGGCUGUUCUGUGUUCACUUAUUGGUGCUUUUUUGACAUUCCCUGGCUUGCGACUGGCUCAAAUGCAUCUGGAUGCUCUGAAUUUAGCAACAGAAAAAAUAACACAAACAUUGCUACAUAUAAACUUCUUGGCACCUUUAUUUAUGGUUCUGCUGUGGGUAAAACCAAUCACUAAGGACUACAUUAUGAGCCCACCUUUGGGCAAAGAGAGCAUUCCUUUAAUGUCAGAGGACACAUUUGAUACUGUCAGAUUGUGGAUUAUAAUCAUGUUGUGCAUUUUACGGUUGGCUAUGAUGCGUCAUCAUUUACAGGCCUAUCUGAAUUUAGCCCAGAAAAGUGUGGAUCAGAUGAAAAAGGAAGCUGGUAGAAUAAGUAUGGUUGAUUUACAGAAAAUGGUAGCUCGAGUAUUCUAUUAUCUCUGUGUAAUUGCACUUCAGUAUGUUGCACCAAUGGUAAUGCUUCUUCACACAACUCUGCUCUUGAAAACACUAGGUAAUUAUUCUUGGGGCAUCUACCCAGGAUUGAAUUCUGACACUCCAGUAGAAAACAGUCUGCUUCCCAAUUCUGUUUAUUCUGAGUCUCCACCUGCUGAUGGAAAGAUGAAAGUAACUGUAGUACAAAUAACAAUGGCUCUGGGAAGCCUAAAGAAUAUUUUCACUCCUCUCCUGUUCCGGGGACUUCUGUCUUUUCUCACCUGGUGGAUUGCUGCUUGCCUAUUUUCUACAAGCCUUUUUGGGCUCUUCUAUCACCAGUACCUGACUGUGGCGUGAACAAGUCAACUGACAGAGCAAAUGUGAGGUCAAAUACUAGAUACAAACCCAGGUACCCAAGAGGAGAUGAAGAGAAAAGAAAACCAUAUAUGUGAAGAGAAAACAUAUCAUAAUUACUUUUAAACACUUCCUUGGUGUUCUCAGGGUGAAUAAUCUUAAGAUGUUUAAAAUUUCAACUGGGUUUGUUAUUUUUGUUACCCAAAUGGUAGGUAACUAAUUCAGUUAUAGUCCUGGGAUUGACUGACAUUAUUGUCUUGUAGAUGUUGGUAAGCAUGCUGAAAAGAUGUGACCUCUGAGUAUCUUGGUUUCCAUAAACAGCAAGCCAAACUCAAAAAUUUGCUUUUUAAGCAUCAACAGUCACUGACUGAACUGCAUUCAAAGGGUACUGGACAUAGUGAUGGUGGCUGCCUAUCAAUUAAGUCUUGAAACUGAGCCAUACAGUGAAAGGAGAGAGAGGGGAUUUUAAAAAAAAAAAAUUCUGUUGGAUAGCUAUUGAUCACUUUUCUCCUUGGAAAAUGAAAAAAUCCAACAGGACUAAAGAGAUACUGUAUAUUACAGUAAGGAAAGUUGUAUAAAAUAUAAAUUUAACAGGAGUAGAUGUAUGUACCUGGCAGGUAUUGCUGCCUACAUAUUUUGCAGGAGUGCUUGUGCAGUAAGAAGAGAGUUAUAACAAAUACAUUAUUUUAGUCCCUGAAGUCAUUUUGAAGUAAUGGCCAUCUGUAUUGGUGCUAGUAUUGAUCCACAGAUUGCAUCUGGAUCUUUUAAAUUUCUUCUUUUGAUGUAGUAGAUAAAUUCCAUUGAAUUUACAAAAGAAUAGAAAAUAAUUAGUGACACCAGUCAAACAUUUCUAAACAAAACAGUUUAAUCCUGCUGACUGAUGGAGUAUGUAUAUGUGUAACGAACAUACAAAUAUAUAUUAUAUAUUAAAUAUAUAAUAUAUAAGAAGGUAUGAAAUAUGGAAUCUUUAAAUUCAUCAAUGUAUCUUACAUGGCUGUGGGAAAGGGGUAUAUGUGUAUCUAGUAAUUUCAAGAUUCCCUUUUGAAAUUAAACUAAUUUUUUUUUUCUUUUUUUUUAGUUCAGGUGGAAGGGCUAUUUGGUUUUUGUGCCUCUUUAGAGGUACUUAGCUAUACUGAAGAACUUACACUGUCUUGGAAGAAAAGAUCUACUUAAACUGUUAAUCUUAAAAUUUCUCCUCCGUCAAAUCAUCCUCUUUUGCCAAUUUAAUCUGUGCUAACUUGAACGUAUAAUGAUAAUUAAUAUAUCUUGGCUUCAGAAAUAGGUUUUCUGUAUAAUAAAACAGCUAUGUAAUAAGAAAAAGAGCAAAGUACUAACUUUACAGUUUUUGCUUAACUGGAGAGAUAGGUUCCAAUCAUAAAAUUAUUGACAGUUUUUCAGAUGUUUUGUGUAUUUGCAAAACAGAAAUGGGGAUUUCUAUGUAAUAGCUUUUUUUAAACAAUAUUACACUUUGCAGAAGUCAGUGGGUUUUUUAACUAAUACUAGCUGGUUUUAUGUUACUGUUCUUUUUCUCUUGAAUUUGUGUACAGCUUUGGCAUAUAAUAAGCAUUUAUAAAUGGAAAAGCUUAACUAAACAUUUAAUAUGUAGCAAACCUACCAUAUGGGAAAACAAACUCAAUGAAUGCAGAAAAUCAAGAUUUUAAGCUGGUGAUAAACUAUUUUACUGUGUUGAAAACCUUCUAAGUUCUUUAUUAGUUUAUUAAGUUGUAUUUUUGGGGGAAAGAUUUAUGUACACCAGCCUAGUACCUACUGCAUGCAUUUGGGAUGUCAGAGAACAUCUUGCAUGACACUACUGGUUUCAUUGCAGUAUUUCAGUGUGACUGGGGCUGCAAGCUUUGUUGUUUUCACACCAACUUUUUGUAACUAACAAGGAUGAAGGCUUAACUGUGAAUUGGCUUAAAGGAUAAUAUUUGACCUCAUAGUUUCAAAUCUCAAAGCAUUCCUACAAAGUAUCUUUCAGAUGAAUAAUUGAAUGACAAAAUAUGACAAGUCCAACAAUACUGGACCCACUUUUGUAUUAGUUCAAGAUAUAUCAUUACUACAAGAUACAACAUCACUAAUAGAAUUAUUAAGUCCAGCUUUUAGGUUAGAGUUAAGUGUUCAAUGCCAAUCUUUUGUUCAGAAAAAUAGAACAGUGCAAAACAUUUGAUUCUGAUAGUGAACUUGCCUGAUGAAGCUCACUAUAUAGGAGAUGUAACCUGUUGUUACAAUCUGAAGGAGUAAAUUUUGGAUACUUAAGAAUAUUUCAAACUAAUAUUAAAAAAGAGUUUCUGCUGAUAUAGUCAUUCUGAAAGCUCAUAAUCAAAAGUGAACUGCAGUUAUAUAAUAAUGCAUUCAGCAGAGGUAAUAACUGGAUCAUGUACGUGAAAUUCACAAAGCUUUUGCUAAGAGCUUAUGCCACCUUACUAUUCAGACAUCACACUGAUCACCAUGAAAAAUAGGCACCUGGUGUUACAAACAUGAGGAUCUGUGCUUGUAGCCACUGUGCUAUUUCAUUGUUCUACAGAAUUGAAUGCUUGACUUCCUGGUCAGCAGUGAGGGCAAGAUGAUCUUUCUUUGGAUCUAUUUAAUCCUGUCAUGAGUCUGCAAGGCUUAUGAAAAACUAAAAUAUGGCAAUAAAAGCCUUUGAAACAUAUGGUGACAGUGAAACCAGAGGGACCAUAUUGCUAAGGUUGUGAGCAGUGCUUCCUACAAGUAUGUGAUACGAUCAAAAAUGUGUUUUAAAGUAGCAACCAUGGUAGUCCUGACUUCAUGUGUAUUGUGUGAGGUUCAAAGGAAAAUCUGCUCACUUCUGUAGUAAGUUCCUUUGAAACAGCAGCUAGCAAAUGCUUUUAUUGUUUGCUUGGUUUUUUGUUUGUUUCAUGGAAACCUUAAUGAGCACCUGGCAAUGGAGAAAAAGAAUCUUGCAGAAAUGGAAAAGCAAGUAAAAUGUGACUGAAAGGUUGGUAGGUGUUACUCAGGUUUCUAAACAUUUUGUCUUGCUUUUUGCCCUCUACUUAGCCAAAAAAUUUUAGAAUGGUUUGGGUUGGAAUAAAUCUCAAAUGGACAAGUUUCCACCAGACCAGGUUGCUCCAAGCCCUGUCAAACAUGGCCUUGAACACCUCCAGAGAUGGGCAGCCACAGCUUCUCUGGGUAACUUUUAUCUAGUGCCUCACCACCUUCACAGGCAAGAGUCUCCACCUAACACCUCUCCUUUUUUAGUUUAGGACUGUUCCCCCUUGUCUCUGCCUGUGCAAAAAGUCAUUCUCCCUCUUUUUUAUAAUCCCCUUUAAGUACUGGAAGGCACAGUGCGAUCUCCCUUAGUUUCUGAGGGAUUUUAGAAGGAAAGGUUUUAGAAUGACAUGUUCCUUUGGCAAACAAUCUUUGUUUCUUCUUAAAUUAAGAUCUCCCUCUUUUAGUGAUAGGAUUCUGUUGCCAAUCUACAGUACUUUCCCUGUGUUUCCUACUCAGAACCAAGUAGGCUAAAUUAGUUCAAGAUUGUAUUUUGACUUCUGUUUAGUUUAUCUAUUUUUGAAGGAUUAUUUCAUUUAAACAGUUCAAAUAACUUCAAAUUCCAUCUGACACACUAACAAACUUGUUAACAUUUGUUUAAAAGCUGCACUUUUAUUACGUAGGUCCCUCUAGACAUAGGGUUAAGAUAGCGAUAAAUCCAAGUCUUCCAGCAAGUUCAGGGAGGUCCAGAAAUAACACUUGGGCUAUUUCUGAGCUAAGAGAAGUUGAUUAAGAACAGAGGAAUACAUUAUAGAAAGUGUAUUCUUACACUUUGUAGUUGACAUUCUCAGGCUGUACUUGCCCUCUUUUGAUUCCUUCUCAAGCUAUAGUUUAUGCCAGUUUUUGAGGUUUUGUUAGCUGCAGUCUUUUCCAGAAUUCGCUUGCAUAAAGGAUCCACAGAUUAAAUAGUAGCAUCAGUACAAGAGAACAUCCAUGUACAGAAGAUACUUACAGAAAACUAACUUCUGUUGCAGUCAUUCUUCUCCUCAUUUGGAUCACAAGUACUGCAAGGUGUUUAAACAGAGAUAUGUUCUUCACUGGAUUGUAAAGUCAAAUUUGUCUUAAGAACAAAAAUGCUACCAAGACAUCAACACAACAUUUAGGCAGCAUAACCUCAUGUAGCAUAACCUCUAUGUAGUGGUUAGCAAGUACAGAAAUUUCAGCUAACUUCAAAGAACAAUUCAAAGUGCUGUACUUCUUUACAGUAACUACAGCUAAGUGGUAAUGGGGAUAUUGGAUAUAUCACAUAGAAAAUUGAACACAUUUGAUCUUAAAGCUGUUGGAAGGCUCUCCAAGGUAAAAGGCUUUUGUAUCUUUAUUCUCAAAUAGCUGUGCUUUCCACAGAGAUCAUUUUGAUCAGUUUUUAAAUACUACGCUUCAUGCUUUUUCAUGUGACACAUUUUGCACAUUUAUUUGUUCAACACAGCCCCUCCCCACUCAGACUUAACCCCACAGAUAAUUUUGUCACUAUAAAGUUCCUAGAUAGUUUUAGUUAAGGUUUAAGAAUUAAGUGCCCAGACAAAAUGGAGACAUUGAACAAGAACGAGGCCAAAGAAAACUGUGUGUUCUCUUGGAGAAAUCUGUUAUGGCUGAGCAAAAUCUUAAUGGAGGAAGGCAACAGCAGAUUACUUGUAUUCUAAAUCAAAUAUUAAAUGUGAAUCUUUACAAUUAUGCGUAAGACUGUUAUUUUCAGCAUCUGCAGCCUAAAUCCCAGGUGGUAAAUAAAGAACAAUAUUUUGACCUCAUAGAUACCUACUCUAAAGAGCAUCUAGGCAACAGGUGCUUAGAAGCCAGAUGUCUGAUCUCACUAAGCAGACUGAUGCAGAUUGGUCUGUCUGUGGUUCAGAGUGAUUUUUGUGUAACUCCUUCUUUAGGAAGGCCUGCCAUGCUUUGUGACCUGUGAAGUGGAUGGCACAUCUCAUUUGCACUCCUCAGUACUAGACUGAAAGGUUUUCUUCCUCUAGAUGAGGUCAUGAAGCCAACAUGUCAUUUCCAGGCUGCUUUUACUGACAUCAGUAUAUGCUGCACUUAACUUUUUCCAGUCUCUCACUGUGGACUGCCAGGAGAGUAAUACAGCACUGGAUGUUGUUUUGCAUGCCAGUGUAUAUGUAUUUUUAUACCUUUGAUUUCAAUGGUGUUUUUAAUGGAAAUUAUUUUUAAUCGUAAUACCAUGGAUCAUAUUUUCGUUUUUUAAAUUAAUAUAGGUGCCUGCAACUAGAAGUCAAAAACUUCUACACUAUUUUUAAAAAAAAAAUUGGUAUUCAGGCUGAAGUAUUAACAGGUAUGCAGUUUUAUAUCAAAGUCCAAAAUCAACCUGUAAAUACCAGAUUUUUUCCAUGUAAUUACACAUCAGUCAAGAAGCCUUAGAAUUUGUACUUGCAGCAUUUUUUCUCAACAACAUACUAUCCAUGCAACCCUGCUAUCUAUAAAAUACCCAUCUCAAAAGAGCUUUGAAUAGCUUUUUAGAAACUCUUUAGUUUUAGUCUUUUAUUAUGCUGCAACAUAUUAAGAUCUGGCUUACAAUUCCUGUGCUUAAAGUCAACCUUAUUCUCUCUUCCUCUGCUCAUAGUAACUCCUGUAUGUGUUCUAAGCUUCCAGAAUGCAUAUUCACAGUACUUUCAAGAAAAACAUAGGACGAAGAAAAAGGCACCAAAAAAUUGUAUUUCAUAACUACAGUUCAUACCCAUGUCACGAUGUGCCAAGAGUUUUUAUUUUUUCCCCCAUCUUUGGUCAUUCCUUUGUUCCAUUGUUAACAUAUGUAAGGUUUUUUAGAAGAAAUACACAUGGAAAAAUAUUCUGUCUAGAAAGCUGCCUAAUGUUUCAGUCUUCCCAUUUAUGUAAGCAAAUAUUAAUCCAAAGACACUAUUAAAUAAUUUCAGACUAAAAUUUCUCAUAAGGCAGACAUGUUACAAACUGCACAGGGAACAUCUUUCAAGUUGUAAAUAUUUUACUUUAAAUCUUCUACUUGUCUCUUUGUUUCUGGGAACACACAAAUUCCGUGUUGUUCUUCAAUUAAUAAGGUUUUUUUGUUGUUUUUUUGUUUGUCUUUAAGUGAAAAGUACCUAAUACUUGCUACUCUAGAAAAAAGACCUACGGCAAAAAGACUCUCUCCCUUCAUUUCAGUAUUUGCCUAGUGGGAAAGACUGAUGUUAUAUAUGUAAAUUCUAGCUUCCUCAUACUGCUACAAUACUGUUAAAAUAUGAAUUUUAUAGUUACAGCUUUACCAAGACUGUCAUGCUUCACAGUGAGGAUGGUGUCAAGUGGUGUUUGCAUUAUAUGGAUCUGGUGUUGCAUUGCCUGCUGUUUAAAAACAGAUUGGCUCCUAUGCUUUUAAAAAACUUCAUCAAGAUCUCUGAUCAGAAGAGCAUGGCACAAGUUGAAAAAGUUCACUUUUGAGGGGAUUUUUUGGUUGUUUUGGGGAUUUUUUUAGUGCUGUGGAUAAUACUUGGGUACAACUACUACAGCUAAUAAACAGCCUCCAGUAAUACUGCAUUACUUUUGUACACUGUGAAGUGCCUAAUCAUGGGUGAUUCUGGUAUCCCUUGAAAUGGGGUUUGCUAUGAAAUUAUUUUUUUCAUACAGUUUUUGGCUUAUGUAAUGUCCAUGUGUGGUUUUGUGUUAUUAUGUAUUGGAGACAAAUAAGAUUUUAAAGAAAUUCCUCUUAUUUAAAUGGUAAUCUAACGACUUGGCCCAUAUCAGACUGAUACUUGAACACCCCUAAUUUAAAUUAGCACCACUCCCUCUGCCUCCUGCCACCUCUGCAUUGUUUUCUUUAUGACUGAGGGUAAGUAUUUACAAGAUUUGGAAUGGAUUUACUGACAAAGUUUUGUAGUGACACCUGGGUGUUAAUUACACCCCAGUCAUGCAGGCACAUGGGUGACUUCAGCCAGGUAAGUCGUUCUGCUUGGGCUCAGAAAGGCAGCACUGAAGGUCACUGAAUCCUUACGGAUUUGGAGCACAAACAGUACCAAAUGUGACACGGCUGACUAACACCAAGCUUCAAAAAGUUACACCUUGUAGAAUUUUGUGGCAGUCUGUUAAAGUAUUCAAUAGUGAAACCACCCUUACUUUAAAACUGCUUGCCCACCUUCAGAAAUGCAAGAGCUGAAGGUAGAACUGAAGGUAGAACUUGACUGGUUCAGCAAGGAAGUUAAAAGUGAGGAAACAACAGGCUUCUGCUCCUGAGUUAAUUAUACACUCUGCUUGUGAAGUGCUUGUAAGUUGAGAUGGUGUUGCUGAUUCAAAUCUACCAAAGGAAGCCUUCUGAGGAAGGCCUGUCACAGCACAUUGAGCUUUUAGCUCUAAAAAGUGGCUAUAUAAAUCUGUACUGUAUAUAGUACACUGUUUGGGAAAACCUGGUACAGUAAGCCUGCUAAAUAUUUCCUUACAUUAAUUGUAAAUUACGUUACGUUUUUUACUGUAGAGCAUUUAAGAAAGUGGUUUUGCCUUGCUCAGGCAGCAUUUUAUAUUAAUGUGAAAAUAGUAAGAAUUGGUUUGUCAUUUAAAUGCCUACAUUUCUUUAACAACAGUAAAUUUCACAAAAUUGAAGCAAGGUUAUACUUUCUUGUUCCCUGUUCAUUUCAUUGAAAAUGUUACAGUUUAACUCUGCUUUUAUAAUGCACACAUUAUUAAAAUGAAAUUUUUACCUAUUAGUUUCUCAUGGUAAUACCACAGCAAAUCUAAGAGAAACUGUGAUACCUGCUGAUUUUCAAGUGACCCCAUUAACUUGCUUGCCUUUGUAAAGCGUUAACCCAUGUUGGACAUAUAAUGUCUACUGCAGUGAUGAUGUUCCUAUAGUAUUUUAGCAUCCGUACAUGUACUCUGCAUGCCUUGCACUUGUGCACUGUAAAGGAUAGACUGUUUUACAGUACUUUAGGUUUAAAAAACCCCUUCCAUUAUUUUAUAUAGUAUUUCCCAUAUCCAAAAUAGGACACUUUCUAAAGCCAAAGAUCAAUAAAUGUUUAUUGUCUACCAGUGUGAUUUUUCUUCCUACUUUGUGUGAUAUAUACUACUUUUCAUCAACUUGCAAAAUUUCCAAAGAGCAAGUAAUAACCAGUCUUCCUACCAGUUUUUCUACUAGUUUAAAUUGCUUACUUCUUUUAGAAAUAAUUGAGUUGACAUUUAUUCCCUCCUUCUUUUCGGUGCAGCAGAAUAAAUAAUUUUUAAGUAUAAAUGCAGAUAGCAUCUUAUUCAUGUGA